AUGUCUACUACGCAAAAUCGCCUUAAUCCCGGUGUUCCUUUUUCCGAAUUUUCAAACCCCAAAGCAGAACUUAUAACAGAAAAUGCUCUCAACGCUCUCGACAUUUAUUGCCCACAACCUUUAUGUCAGUCAUUCAUUCUAAGACAAAAUCUUGGUAGUUGGGUUGAGAAACCAAAAGGAAAGCAUGAAGAACUCCAACCUUAUUGGCGUUUAACUGAGAUGAUGGACUUUGAAAAUAUUGGGUUCUUGAAAACAGUAGAACUAACCGGAAUAAAAUAUCUAAUUUGUGCCGAUUGUGAUUUUGGCCCGUUGGGAUAUCAUGAAACGAAUGCUCCGGAAAACGAAUAUUUCAUUGCUGCGGAUUUUGUAAGAUACAAGAAAAAGAAUGAUAAUUCGUCAGAUUAA